AUGGAGGAGGAGGCCCCAGCAGCUUCGCCCCCAGUUGCAAGGCGGAGGGGGCGUCUGCGGAAACGCAUUCAAAGCGAUGAUGAAAGUAGGCCUCCAUCUCCGUCUGCAUCUCAGCAGCCAUUAGAUUCAGCUGUACGUACACCUGAACGACAGCAACUGCCUCCUCAAGGCUCCCCUCGUGCUCGUCUUCACUCUUCAAACGAACGCAGCCAGCUGCCUGAACAGUCUAGCGAAGACGACGAAGACAAGCAGCAGCAGCAGCAGCAGCAACAGCAGCAGCAGGAGCCGAGGACUCCGUCUCCGCUUUUACAUCGUUUGAAGCUGAAAGCGCAGAGAGAGAAAUAUGAAGCGGCUUCUCCUCGUCGCCCUUCUCCCUUGCAAGUCAAUAAGAAAGUAAAAGAAGAAAAUAGCAGAAAAAGGAAAUCAAAGUGGAGUUCUUCGAGUGCAUCAUCAUCCGAGGAGAAAGAAGAAACAGAUACAGACGCCAGCAGCGCUUCUCUACCAUCGAGCAGCACAGAGAGCGACGAAGAGAGCCGCACUUCUCUAUCUCCUCCACGCGAACCAGCAGCAGCAGCAGCUGCUGCUGCUGCAGCAGCAGCAGAUUUUGAGGGGGCAGUGGACUGGUGCUUGAAUUGGAUUACAACAGAAAGACAAUGGGCGAUUACAACCGUCAGCGAAGAACAAAGACAGGCGGAGAUCGCUCUGUGGGACGAUGAACUCACCCGCGGAGGCACCGUAAGGGUUUAG